CCACAACUCCUGGCGGGCGGCGCGCGCCUGCGCGGUACGGGCGGCGCGUGGUGGAGGAGGCCAGCAUGUCGGUGCUGAGCUGGGGCCGCAGCGCGGCCGGAGUCCGCAGGGCAUUGCGGCGGUCCUCGAGCCGCCCCCGGGCAGCGCCGGAGGAAGGAACCCUCGAUGGCUUCUGGGGCCGCAGAAGGAGCUCAUCAGCCAGCCCCUGUGAGCAAGACCGCAGGAAAGACUGGGGUCAUGCAGAACUGUUGGAGGUGCUGCAGGCGCGGGUAAGGCAGCUGCAGGCCGAGGGCGAGUCAGAGGUCUCUGUGAAGAGGGUGGAGGUGGCUCGACUCUCAGAAGGUGAAUGCCAGCUACCCAGGAAGAUGGAGGGGCAGCUCUGUGGCCGCUGGGCAGAAAAGCUGGCCAAGGAGAAGAGGACCAUGCAGAAGCGGAAGCAGCGCCUGCAAGUGAAGCUGCAGGCACGUGCCCAGCAGCUGGACCACAAGCUGCAGCCCCGGCCACUGCGCUUGGAGCCCCAGCUGGCGAGUGGGCAGCUGUCCAGCUUCCUGCGGCGCAAGGCAGAGGAGAGCCCGGAGAGCCCCUGGGAGGAACAGCUGGCCCGGGUGCUGCAGGAGACCCCCCAGAAACGGCUGCACAAGAAGCAGGUCCCGUCGGACAGGGAGGCGGAGGCUCAGCUCUCGGGCCAGCAGCAGAAGCUCCUGGCGUUCUUGGAGUGCUCUCUGGUCAGUGGCCACCUGCCCCUCGCCCACCACGUGUUGGUCAGCUACCACAGCAGGCCCCGGAUGCGGAAGCUGCUCACGAUCCCCAUGUACAACACCGUCAUGCUUGGCUGGGCACGCAAGGGCUCUCUCAAGGAGCUGGUCUACGUCUUCUUCAUGGUGAAAGACGCUGGCCUCGCCCCAGACCUCCUGUCCUAUGCAGCUGCCCUCCAGUGCAUGGGGCGGCUGGACCAGGAUGCCAACACAGUCAGAAGGUGUCUGGAGCAGAUGGCCCGGGAUGGACUGCAGCUGCAGCAGCUCUUCACAGAGGUGUCCCUCUCCAGGGAGGAGCAGGCUAUGGUCCUGAGGGCUGUGGCCCAGGCUGAGCCCACCUUUAGCCCCCCACCACAGCCCCCACCCCAGGUCAACACCUCUACACUGCUGAAGGAGGUUUACACCAAGGAUGGCCCUGUGUCCUACCCGAAGCUGCACCUGCCCCUGCAGACCCUGAAGGACCUUUUCCAGCAGCAGCUCCAUGUAGAGCUGACCACCAGGGUCCACGUCCAGUCUGUGGAGAAGGCCCCAUCAAUGACCAAGGAGAUGCUGCAGGCGCGGAAGACCCUGAAGGCCCUGCGUGUGCAGUGGGAGGCUGCCCUGCGCCGGGCGCUGCAGGAGGCCAAGGCCAGCCUGGCUCACCAGGCGCACGAGGGCCGCCCCACGCUCUACCCCUUCCUGUGCCUGCUCAGUGAAAGGGAGCUGGUGCGCAUGCUGAUGCAGGUGGCGCGGUCCCAGGGCGAGUCGCUGGUGGUGGUGGCCAAGGACCUGGGUCUGCGGGCCUUCAACCGGCACAUGGUGCAGCAGAAGCAGCUCAGCAGCCAGGUGCAGGCGCUGCAGCAGCGGUACGCGCAGUACUUGCACCUCCUGGCCUCCGACACCCCGGUGGCCACGCCCUGCCUGCCGAGGCAGUACUGGGAGGCGCUGGGGCCACCUGAGGCCCCGCCACAGCAGCCUUGGCCCUUGCCAGUGCUUAUGCAGCUGGGCAAGCAGCUGGCCGAGUUGCUGGUGCAGGCCGUCCGCAUGCCCCUGGACCUGGCUGUGCCCGGCGGCUCCAGCAAGCUCAUCCCUGUGCUGUACCACGUCUACUCAUUCCGAAGCUACCGCCAGAUCGGCAUCCUGAAGCCACACCCAGCCUUCAUAGAGCUUCUGGUGACUGCAGCGGAGCCCAGGCUGACCUUCGAGACGGUAGACAUGCCCAUGCUGUGCCCCCCGCUGCCCUGGACCUCGCCACACACUGGCGCCUUCCUUCUGAGCCCUACCAAGCUGAUGCGUGCAGUGGAGGGCACCACCCAACAUCAGCGCCUACUGGAGCACUGCCCGCCCUCCAACCUGCACGGUGCACUGGACACCCUUACCCAGCUGGGGAAUUGCGCGUGGCGCGUCAACGGACAGGUGCUGGACCUGGUGCUGGAGCUCUUCAGGGACAAGGGCUGCUCCCGCCUGGGCGUGCCGCCACCCCCCUCGGAAGCACCCCGGCCCAGAGAAAGCCACCUCCCACCGGGCGCGCCCCCAGCGCGCAAGGCGGAGCUGCGGCGCGAGCUGGCCAGCUGCCUGAAGGUGGCGCGUGAGAUGCACAGCCUGCGCGCCGACGCCCUCUACCGCCUCUCGCUGGCCCAGCACCUGCGGCACCGCGUCUUCUGGCUGCCCCACAACAUGGACUUCCGGGGCCGCACCUACCCCUGUCCUCCCCACUUUAACCACCUUGGCAGUGACCUGGCUCGGGCCCUGCUGGAGUUCGCCGAGGGCCGUCCACUGGGCCCUCACGGCCUCGACUGGCUCAAGAUCCACCUGGUGAACCUCACAGGGCUCCGGAAGCGGGACUCGCUGCAGGCCCGCUUAGCCUUCGCGGACGAGAUGAUGGACCACAUCCUGGACUCUGCGGACCAGCCCAUGGCGGGCCGGAAGUGGUGGAUGGAUUCUGAGGAGCCCUGGCAGACCCUGGCCUGCUGCAUGGAAGUGGCGCGGGCCGUGCGGGCCCCAGACCCUGCUGCCUACGUCUCCCACCUGCCCGUGCACCAGGACGGCUCCUGCAAUGGUCUGCAGCAUUACGCGGCCCUGGGCCGGGACAGCGUGGGCGGCGCCUCCGUCAACCUGCUGCCCUCGGAGCUGCCGCAGGAUGUGUACAGUGGGGUGGCCGCGCAGGUGGAGGUGUUCCGUAGGCAGGAUGCCGCCCGGGGCGUGCGGGUGGCCCAGGUUCUCGAGGGCUUCAUCAGCCGCAAGGUGGUGAAGCAGACGGUGAUGACCGUGGUGUACGGGGUCACCCGCUAUGGCGGGCGCCUGCAGAUCGAGAAGCGCCUCCGGGAGCUGAGCGACUUCCCCCAGGAGUUCGUGUGGGACGCCUCCCACUACCUGGUGCGCCAGGUCUUCAGUAGCCUCCAGGAGAUGUUCUCAGGCACCCGGGCCAUCCAGCACUGGCUGACCGAGAGCGCCCGCCUGAUCUCCCAGGCAGGCUGGGCGGUGGAGUGGGUCACGCCCCUGGGCAUCCCCGUGGUCCAGCCCUACCACCAGGACUCCAAGUUUCUGGUCAAAGGCGGGCUCCAGAGCAUCACCUGCAGCAGCAGUCGGGACACCAGCCAGAAGCCCAACACGCUCAAGCAGAAGAACGGCUUCCCGCCCAACUUCAUCCACUCGCUGGACUCCACGCACAUGAUGCUGACAGCGCUGCACUGCUACAGGAAGGGGCUGACCUUCGUCUCUGUCCAUGACUGCUUCUGGACCCACGCAGCCAAUGUCCCCGUCAUGAACCAGGUGUGCAGGGAGCAGUUCGUCAACCUGCACAGCCAGCCCAUCCUUCAGGACCUGUCCCAGUUCCUGGUGAAGCGGUUCUGCUCCAGCCCCAGCACCAGGCGUCAGAGUCCAUCUCAGCGUGUCCUGACCACUAAGCUGCUGGAGACGCUGCUGUCGGUGCCUAAAACGGGGGCCCUGGACCUGGAGCAGGUGAAGCACUCCACCUACUUCUUCAGCUGACACAGGCCCCACGCCGCUGGCCCAGGGUGCUGUGCACAGUGUGAAUAAAAGUUCUGCCACUACCCAGAGGACCACUGCUCUCUGGGGACUGGCACACCCAAGCA